GGGUAAUGUGGACCUUUCUGCAGUCUGUGGGUACYAGUUGGAAGAGAUCCAGUGGGUGUUCCAAGGUCCCUACAAGGAGUACUUUGAGAAAGUGCAGAAGUGGGGUCACUACACUGACCCAGUACCCAGCCCCCAGCCUGGCUCAUGCAUCAAUAAAUGGCACCAUCACCAUGGUCACACCAGUUCUCUGGAGCUGGCUGACAGAACCCUCAUCUUUAUCAAGAAGCACCCACUGAUGGACCAGCAGGUGGAGCCUUCAUGGAGCCAGCCCCUUCUCAUGAAGAACACCAACUUCACCCACCUGGUGGCCRACCAGUUUACAGGAUUUGACGAAGCCACCUAUACAGUGCUGUUCACUGGCACAGUUACCAUUCGAACGGAGAACAUCUUAUCCUAUGCUGGUGCUAUUGUGAGAGCCAAGGGCACUGGAGGAAAAUGUUUCAUGCCUUCUAAGCUGCUGUUUGCUGGCUCCUGCUCUCAGCUGGUCCACCUGCCCCUGGCAGACUCUGUGAAGUACCACAUCUGUGCAGACUGUGUCCUUGUGCGGGACUCCUACUGUGCCUGGAGCAUCAACACUAGUCACUAUUUGUCUGUGGCCAGCCACUCUGGAUGGGCUGUGGUCCUCGGGUGGAUUUUCCACAUCACACCUCCCUGGCCCUUGGUCUCUUGCACUGACUCUGCUAUACCUUCCCUCUCUGUUGCUACAGUCAGACAAAUGUUGAAAAACAUCACAAUGGUAGUGGGCACAGAGUUGAAACUGCAGGACAAGGAUGAGCRUAGAGCCACCUUCAGUGAGAUCAGUAAGUCAGGGUACUGGCUGCUGUCAGAGAYGGAACUGCAGGUGUUACUCAUCAUUACCAAGUGCUUUGAGGGCAUGAAGGUGGCUGCUUAAGCUGUGGAUGCCAAGAAUGACACCCAGAUUCUCAUAGAACUGCACAAGUCAGGUUAUGCCUGCCUUGGUGAUGUGGAAUUUGAGGACUUCAGCCAGCCUGUGAUCUGUGCACACUCAGAAAAUGGCCUGGACACCCGCUCAGAGGGACAGCCUUAGUUCCAGGGCCCUGGCCAUAGUUGUGCCAAGUGCUGGCCUUUUGGGAAAAAGAGCAAGACUGUGGCUUCAGAGGAUUUUAGCCACUUGCCCCCAGAGCAGCAGAGAAAGCAUCUCCAGGAUCAGUUAGAAGAACACAACCAGGAGCUGCAGAAGGAGGUGAAUCAGAGGGAAUCUCUGAAGAAAAUGAAGUGCGUGUAUGAGAAGACACUCCAGAUGGGUGACCCUGCCAGCUUGGAUCCCCAGAUCACAGAAACACUAAGCAACAUCAAACGGCUGAAAUUGGAAGUACAGAAGUACAUUGCUUAGCUGGCAGAGGCUGAGAGCCAGGUCCUAAGAAACCUAGGGGACAACCUGUGCCAGCACACUUGUUAUCAGAACCCUCCAUCCAGUGUCCCCAGGGACAGUAGCAGAAAUGGUUCACAGGUCAACAAGGAGAGCUCUGAAGAGCACACCUUAGAAGAGGGCCAGGAAACCCCUAUCUACACAGCAUGUAAUGAGGAUUUUUUUUUUAAAGAGAGAGAGCCUGCAUCACCCAUAGGCCAGUGUUUGUCCAUUUACCACUUUGAAGGGUCCAGCGAGGGCAGCAUCUCUGACCAGGAUGAGGACCUCAGUCUGAUGGAAGAGGACAAAGGCGAUGGCUGGACAUGGGUCUGGCAGAAACAGGGAGGUGAAGGCUAUGUGCCCACCUCCUACCUCCGAGUGCCACUAAACUGA